CAGUCUCCUAUUUUGUUCCUCCAACUCUACAAAACAGAGAGAGACAGAGAAAUAUGGCUCAGAUGAGCCUAUUCAUCCAAUAGCUUUUUUCUUGUACGACAAGUGAAGUAAAUGAAAAUUCAACCAUCCGUCUUCUUCACUGAAGAAGAUGGCUCACCAUUACAAUCAACCGCAACACCAAAAGCUUCCAUUUUUACUAGAUUCUUUGUAUUGCAAAGAUGAAAGUUUGGACGCGUUAGACAGAGAAAAUUGUUUAACAGAGGAAGUAGAAGUAAACCCCAACUCCAUUUCUUUGUUAGAACAAGACUUGUUAUGGGAAGAGGAAGAGUUAAGCUCUUUAAUGUCCAAAGAACAAGAGAAUCAAAUGUCUAAUGUUGUAAUAAACAACCCAUAUUUGUCAGUAGCAAGAAGAGAGGCAGUUCAUUGGAUUCUUGAAGCCAUUGCCUAUCAUAAUUUCUCUGCUCAAACUGCAAUUCUUGCUGUAAACUAUUUUGAUAGAUUUCUCUUCAGCUUUCAGUCACAAAGUGAAAAACCAUGGAUGAAUCAACUUGCUGCUGUUUCCUGUCUUUCUUUAGCUGCAAAAGUUGAGGAGAUACAAGUGCCUUUACUUCUUGAUCUCCAAGUGGAGGAAUCAAGAUACUUGUUUGAGCCAAGAACAAUUCAAAGAAUGGAGCUAUUAAUACUUUCUACUCUCAAGUGGAAGAUGAAUCCAGUAACCCCAUUUUCAUUUCUUGAUUACUUCUCCAGAAGGCUUGGAUUCAACAAUCACAUUUGCUAUGAAUUACUUAGAAGAUGUGAGAGGGUGCUUCUAUCCACUAUUACUGAUUGUAGAUUCAUGUGCUAUCUUCCUUCUGCUGUGGCUGCUGCUACAAUGUUACACGUCAUUGAUAGGCUAGAGCCCUGCAUUGAAGAAGAGUACCAAGAACAACUUUUGGGUAUACUUGGAAUAGUAAAGGACGAUGUGACGGAUUGUUAUAGGCUAGUCCAGGAGGUGGCUUCCAAUAUUGAUUUCAACUCAAACAAACGAAAGUCAAUUGGUGCCUUGCCAGGAAGUCCCGUAGGAGUUAUGGAUGUGUCAUUUAGUUCUAAUAGUUCUCCAGAGCCAUUAUCAAAGAAGAUUAGAACACAAACGUAGUUUGUGAAAAAGAAAAAAAAUGUUGCAUCGGACGCGAGAUGAUAAAGAGAGAGCUUUCUCGUUACGUGGCGAAAGUCGAGAAGACCAUGCAGCUAAAGUCAGUCAAUAAUUAGAUUCUCAAAUUUGUUUGUGGAUUAAUCAUUCCUUAGAAGACUUUUGAUAGUCAAUUAGUUACACAUCUAUUCUGUCCAAUAACAUCAUGUUCUUCUUACAAUUCACAAGUUAAAUUGCUCAUCAUAUUUCCAUAUGAAAAUUGACUCUUAUUGGACAGUAGAGGUAAACAUGGCCGGCAUUUAUUUGGAGGAAAUUUAAAUGCUCAUGAACAGAGAAUUAAAACUAAAUUCAUGUCUAUUCAUCUCUGUAUAAACUUUUUUUUUGGUCGAAUAUUCGCAUAGCUUUAAUGAGUAACAGGCUGUUAUCGGUUCA